AUGGGUUGUAAUUCAUCACGAAUGAUAAAUGCAUCGAGUUUAUUAACAGCAGAACAGAGUCAUUGUCUUGUUCGAGAUACUUGGGCUGAUGUGUGUAAUAAAUAUUAUGAAGAAGUUGGCAUUAGUUUUAUGGUUCAAAUUUUUCAUGAUUAUCCUCAAUUAAGAAAACUUUGGAUUUUUGCUAUUAAUCUUGAAACGGAACAAGAAGUUCGAAAUAAUGCACAAGUACGUUAUCAUGCUGCAAAAAUUAUGUACACUCUUAACGAAAUUAUUAAUAAUAUCGAUGACUAUGAUAAACGACGUCGUAUUCUCGAAGGUCUUGGUCAAAUUCAUUUUACGUAUGAUGUACAACCGACUUAUUUUGAGGCAGCAAAAUCUUCUAUGGAGCAUGUAUUAAGCUCGAUGCUAGGCAAAAAUUUUACACAUCGUCAUAAACAAGCAUGGACUUAUUUUUUUCAGCAGAUUGUUGUCGAUUUGGGUAGAGGUGUCGAACAACAGGCAAUUCUUGCUGGUAGUCUCAAGAAAGAAAUCAAAACCAUUACCGAACAUCCGAUAUAG